AUGCGAAUCGCGGAACAGGAGAAAGGAGGGUCGACGUGUGGUGGUGCUUCUCGUUUAUUUCAGGAGCAUAUGAAGUCGCCGUCGAGCUCCGAUUCGACCAUCGACUCGCCAAUGAAGGAACGGGAUAUGGCUAAUAUGGGGCGCGAUGCUGGGCACCUCGGUACUUAAAAUUUCUCUUGCAAUUUUCGCUUCUAAUACGAUUGAAAUUUUCCUAUUCCUAUUCAUCCUUUUGCAGCUGCAAUGCCAAUGCAUACAACGAACACCACAACUAGGACUCAGUGAUUCUCAUACCUGACGACCUUCUUUCAGGCGCAUCGUCGAACGUCGGCCCCUUACCAACCGGAUCAGCUUCCCGAAUGGACCACCAGCAGAUGAGAACAUCAACUGGGCACCACCUUGCAACACACUCCGUCACGUCCCUGGCUCCCCCGCCGGCGCACAAUUCUGCGAGCUCCUACAAACCAUCCUCGCUCGAGGAAUUAGCGAACACCCGGAUCGGGCAGGUGGGACCUUCGAUUAUUGCCAGCACAACAACUUCUCGCCCUACAGGUCUUGAGGACCAGCGGCGGCUCGUCCAGGUGGAACAACAGUCAACGAUGUUGAACAAAGCGAAGCCGUCGAAUGACCAUGCGGAGGGGGCUAAUAUUCUGGCGCAGGAGCAGCACCCGAAUGAACUCGACGACACAAAUAAGGCCUUGCCUGGCGUACUUACUCAACCAGAAAUCCCAGCAGAACUACAAGAACCGCCCCGGCAAGAGACGCGUUUGGAGGAGAUGAGACGGCGACAGCAAGAACAGAUUGUCCGCCAGGAUCGGUUAUGAACUGCAAAAGUAUCGUACUAGUAUAUGUUGCAUUACAAAUUGACUUAGCAUUACAAAUUGAAUUUGUAAUGCAGUUUUGCCUUGACAAGAAGAUUUGUAAUGCAUAAACGCAAUGUGCGAUACUUUUGCGAUGCAUAUCGGUAUCACGAGCAGAUCCAGGAGAACUUUCUGCGCGAGAAGAAGGCACUGGAGGCACGGCUUCUGUGGGCGCGGCUGGAAAUAUGAUAAUGUACAACUCCCCCUCCCCCUCAUUUGUCAUGCAAAUUCCCAAAUCUACCUCUUGCCUGUUAGCACUUUUUGCAUGACAGAUUCCGAAAGGCAAAACAGCACUACAAUCCUCUAGAAAUUUGUCAUGCAAAAGCUGCAUCUUUGCCAGCGCUUGUGUUGCUGUUCAUGCAACACAAAUGAGGGGGAGGGGGAGUUGUGCACUCUCAUAGGAAAAGCAGUAUGGGAGGGAAGCACUGGAAGCGGU